AUGGCUGCAACGUUCGGCAGAGCCUCCGAUUUUCUGACUGAGGCGGAUUUGCUCCGAUUCCGUGGGCUAACAAACCUGCUGCGCGCCACCAACGGCAUAGACGACCAUACACAACAGGGCGGUCUUGGCUUUAUCCACGACAAUAAGAACAGUAAAAACAAUGUGUUGUACCGAAGGCUUGCUGAUUUUAACGAUCUGCUUGUUCGCCAUCUGGAGGUGGUCGCCGUGAGGUCUGCAGAUAAAAAUGGCCCACUUGUCCAGAUCUUGACCGAUCCUGACCGCGACGAUGAUGAGACAAGCGACAACUCCCCAGAACUCGAUGACGAAGACAAUGCAGGCAUAGGACACGUCUACUACACGGCAAAUCCUGAUCCUGAGACCGAUAAGAACAAGGGCAACAAGAAGAAAGGUAUGGUGAACCGAAUUGCACCGCUGUUGGUGGAGAUCAUUGCCGAACCAGCAGAGCCCAUGAACUCAGCUGGAGCAUGGUUGCUGAAACACACAACUGGCAUCAAGAGGAAAGCCCCGAAGACGAGCAUUACCCUCGAUAAGCAUGGUUCAAUGCUCAUUUCGUUGAUCACUGCUACUCAUGAGGCUAGUGAUCGUGACGCCUUGCGCAUAACAAGAGCAAGAUUACACAACUACGUCCUUCUUGCCAGUAUUGCGAAGAUCCGUGGACGUAUCAUUCGCGGUACAACUAAGCAUGACCGAAAUCUUUGGGAAUUUUUGACCAAGCAGUCGACAGAUGUGCACACUGCUUCUAGGACUGAAAAGAAUAUACCCUUCCAGCCUUCGAAUGCAAAAGGCAUGAAGAUCCCGGGUCCAUUAUUGCGGAGGAUCCUCGCGUCCUUGAAAAGAUUGGGUCUUGCUCCCGAGCUGGAGCCAUGGCUGGAACGAUCCGAUGAGGUCGAAUACACAAACGACACACGACCUGCCUUUCAGACAUUACUCAGUGGUUUACUUAUUGCUGUGAAUGCUGCCCUCCUCAAAUUAGUAAACAACAAACACGAAUGGCUUAUGGAUAAAGGUAAAGGCAACUUAAGUGAAGAGCAAGUCGCCAACGCCGCCCUAAAGCUAGAUCGCUACGCCGCGACCGCCAGUGGAUGGUUAAGGUUACUCUCAGCACUGCUGGACAAGCUAAGGCCUGUAGUGCAAGCUCACCUACUGUACCUGAAACAUGUCUUCGCCAUCACCAAGGUCAAAGAUAGAGAGGAGCAGAGGCGCGAGCUUAAUGCUUGGCCAUCAAAUCACUCAGCCGACAUACUUUCAUCAGACCCACUUGGGCAGCUUUCAUCAGACCCACUUGGGCAGCUUUCAUCAGAACCCAGCCCAUAUCAGUCGUCGUCAUCGGACGGCGGUCUCAGGGACUUGGAAGGUGGUCUCGAAAAGACCUUCAUAACUAAGAAAGCAGCGUAUACUGCGGACUUCGAGGGAAUUGACUUAGCUGGACUUCAGCAGAACUGGGACCUGGCAGCAUUAAAGUAUUUGGAUCUAAUAUGCCUUCAUCAAAAGGCAGUCAACAGUCUAGGCAAAAUUUCUGGCGAUACGCACGACAAACAAACGCACAAUUUCUUAAGAGCUACUAGGUUCGAGUUCGUACGUUGCUUCCAAGACCAGGCAGACAGCAACAUAAUGUCGAUGAGGAGGGUAAUAGAGACUCUUAAGUUCCCCUGGGGCAACGAGAUAGGACCAGACAACGUUGCAAAAAUCAAGGCAUUCAUCCAGGAACACGAGCAGACAAAGGAUGGAACGCCUGUGAUAUCGAAUACGAAAUGGGAGGACGAAAACGGUUUUGAUGGCAACUUUCACUGCGAGACUCUGUUGUUGUCCCUUCAGCUUCUUCACGAAACACAAGCGGCCCGCGACAAAGUUAGCUCUGAUAAGAACGGCGAAAAUCCGUACCUCCAACUACCAUCCAAAGACAUCGUUGAUAGCUUUGCCAAGCCCGCAAAAGUUCUUCCCGUGUCGAAGCGCUGCUGUCCGGCAUGCCACGCGCUCAUUGAGUACGUUAAUGAGAACGCCGACGAAAAGAUUCUAUAUCCUGGACACCAUGAGUACUGGUUCACGGCGGCGUUACCUCCUUGGCUUCCGCGAAAGGCCGGCAUGGCUGUGAUCAAGGCUGCUGAGACAAAGCUCAUGGAGAGGGUUCAGGAAUACCUGAAAUCCGGUACGCCAGUUUCGGAUUCUAGCACAGGAACAUCACCCAUUACGUCUUACCGCUCAGAUGAUCUGGAGGAUAUUGAUAUUGAUGAUUUUUCAUCACCUGCGGAGGGGUCGAAGGACCAGGGCGUAAAACGAAAGCGCAGGAAGUCGGAAGAGGAAUCAGAUGCCGGUCGCAGCUCGAGUCCGAUUGAGAGGCGUCAGGAGAUGUGA